AUGUUCUCGUGCAAAUUUGUUCUCGGAGGGAUUUUGAUGGCUGCAAUAGGUGACUUCCUAGCCUUUAAGUUGUACCCGGAGGGAGGCUCCAGAUUUCGCUGGACAUUCCAUCAGAUGAAAGGUAACUUGAUGAAAUUCCAAAAUUUCACUCACAAACUCGCGGAUAUGUUUUGCAACGAUCCUGAACAAUGCAAGAAUGCUACCGAUGAAUUUUUCAUGAUCGCUGCCAGUCUCCCCCAGGACGUUGUGUUGCAGUUGGCAGACUUAAUGAGCAAGUUUGGUGAAUCGUCCAAACAACAGGAAGGCGGAGAGGUUAAUCGGAAGCACACUGAAGCCAAGAGAGCGGCUGUCAGCUAUUCAAACGGAGAAGUUCAAUUCCAAGGCGAUCCAAAGAAAGGAGAAACCGUCAUAAAGUCGCUGAAGUUUUCAGGUUACGAUGAAAAUAACCUUUGUGACCUCAUGGAGGGGAUACCCCCGGAGGAAUAUGAUGUAACAGUCGACGAAAUAGCGGAAUUGACCAACAUGCCGGAAAAACUCAAAAAAGUUAUCAAAAGAGCUAAGAACUUUUCUGGUGGAAAAGUGCAGGCGGUUAGAAGGUUGCAAUUCAAAACGGAAGAUGGAAACUUGGUUUUUGGCCGAGUGGCUGUUAUUCGCAGGGGCAAGCUGCUUGAUAUGGCUUACUCGCUUCACUCUGUGGCGUAUGAACUCGCGCCGCGCCAACGCAGACCUGAAAACGCUCAGAAGUUGGAACAGUUUUCCGAAAGCCUUGAGGACGGCGAGGGCGGCCGGAAGGAGUUCCAGGAAAUUUCAGUUGAGCUAAGAGACGAUUUUUUGGCGUUCUUCCAUAAACAGGCUAUCGAGGGGUUUGUUAAGCAUUGCGACUUCGUGCUAAAGGCACUGAACGACGACAACAAAGAUGCUGAAAUUCUUCAACAUAUUGGUGUUAGCAAAGAUGGAAAAGCUGUGGAAGAGGACAAGAUAACUAGGGACUGACGGCUGGGAAAAAAUUAUCAGAGUUGUUUAGGUGUCGUUGGUUCGACACUGCAUGGUAGUCUUUUUAUUUAGACCCAAUAUUUCUUCCAUGGGAAGAAAAACGUAUGUCAGUGAUACUAACCGUAGAUCGAAGGAUUGUGCAAAAGUUAUAACUUUAAGCACCUUAGAUAGUGAUUUGAAGUAAAUUAGAUGCCUAUAUUGAUCAUUUGACCAGGAUGACUAGUACAUCGUUAACCAUGUGAGUCUCUUUUUCUCGGAAAUGGUAUAGGGGCUGGUCACGCUUGAUGUUUCCCUAGCGAAGAAAUGGAUAAAAAUGGUUACCCUCUGUCCACAGUUCAGAACAGACUGUAGGCAAUCAAGUGAAGUUUUGUUCAUUAGACUAUAAUUAAUUUCUACAUUUCAGUAAAACUUGAAAGGUGUACUUACAGUACAUUGCAUGACACUGGUUGUUUUCUUUAUUGAUAAUUUUUUUUUUCCUUUAUUAAUCGGGGCGGGUUUCACAUUGCAGUAUUUUGUGGUAGCUCCCGUUUUCAGAUUGUGCGUUACUUGAGUAGCUUUCCUUUCGCAGAAUGCCAUUAUUACCUUAUUUGGUCGAAAGGUGAUGUGUAAAAUGGAUCAGUAUGAUACCUAUUCUUUUAAACAGUGAUUUUUCGACAGCAUUUUUGUAUUUGUGUGUCUGUCGAUGUCGCGAGGACAACCGCAUCUUGCUCUCUUCUUUUUGGUUACCGACAAUAAUUCUAUUAUUUUUGUUGAUAGUUUUUUCGUUUACUAUUACCGGGUUAGGUAAUCAUGAUUUUGUCUUGCUACUUUACGGAACGCAAAAGCAAAAUAACACAACACUCAGGCUUCCUGAAAAUAUGUUUUUGAUCGGUUUAUCGGUUUAUCCAUUAAGCACGCCCGGUUGUAUUUACUGAAAAUGGAAUCAAGAACGAAAAUCCUAAAACAAAAAGAAUUCCCUAAAUGCAUGCUGAUGAAGUCGUUUCUUAGUGUCGUUAGCAAAUGAAUGAUAAUACGUAAAAUGCUCCAGUAAAGUUAUGAAGUAAUAUCAAACAUGAGGAGACGCUGUGUUUCAUCACCAGAUGAAAUACCGAGAAAGGAGUUGAAAAUACGACGCGCAGCGGAGUAUGUUUAACGAACUUCAAGGUGUUUCAUCGGGCGAUGACACACUGUGUCGAUGCUUGAUAUUACUUCUCAAAUAAAACGAUUUUUUUACCAGAAGAAAUAAAGGAUGCAAAAAUUAGCAGUUUUUCAUCUAAUUCUAAACACUUAUCAAACGUUAAUUUCCUUUGUUUUUUCUUUAUGAAUUAUUGAUGAGUUUGAGAAGAAGAUAUCAAACAAACUUCAUCAAGGAGCCGGCAGGAAUUGCAUUAAAACUUGAAAAGAUUCGCCCCAACUUUUUCAAGUUUCAGUCCAUGUCAAUCCUUGUCAUCUGUUGAACAAAGGACAAAAAACAGUUUCAGUGCCUAAAUAUACCGGUAGUCUUAAAUAACAAAACUAGACUAUAAAUUUUGACAUUCAAUUUAUGCGAGAAACGUUUUAGCUUUUUCAGGGGCACCCAACGAGAAUGUAGGUCAAAACCACUUAAAUAAAGCAUUGUUGAACGUAUUUUAGUAUUUAAACGGUAGAUAUAGGCAUAUUUUUAUCCCCUAAAAUUUUUUCAUCUGUUCGGAUUUCCUAGCUGAAAGUCUAGUGAUCCAAUGACCACCCAUAACUUGCAUUAUCGUCUUUAAGAUACAAAGUUCGUCAUUUUCCUUUGUCCCGAAUAAACCAACUCGACGAAAAUGGAUGUCCCACUUUCAAUCUUUGCACUCGAAUGAACCCCUUAAUGAACAGCAGGAGGCAAUUAUAGAUGAGUUGCAGAAUUCAAAGGAUAUUACGACACGAUCUCACUCCUUGGAUUACCUCAUCACUGAAAGUGAAAUUCGCACUGCAGCUGGAAAACUCAAAAACAACAAAUCUUCUUUUUCAGACAAAAUCAAAAACGAAAUGAUCAAAUCUAGCCUAAACGAAUUAAUGCCUGUUUAUCUAAAACUAUUUAACACGGUCCUCGACUUAGGAACUAUGCCCCAAAUGUGGUGUGAUGGCCUCAUUACACCAAUUUUUAAAUGUGGUACUAAAAGCGAUCCAUCAAACUACCGUGGAAUUUGUAUUUCCAGUUGUAUUGGAAAACUAUUUUGUUCAAUUCUCAAUCAGAGACUUCUAAAGCACGUUGACUUAAAUAAUAUACUUCACAAGUCUCAAAUUGGUUUUCUAGCAAAUAAUAGAACAGCAGAUCAUGUCCUCACACUUCGAACAUUAAUAGACAAAUAUGUCCAUUGUCACAAGGAGAAAAUAUAUGCGUGUUUUGUUGACUUUAGGAAAGCCUUUGAUUCGGUUUGGCAUGAUGGGCUUCUCUAUAAGUUAUCUAAGAUCAAUGUCCAAGGAGGACAACCGCAUCUUGCUCUCUUCUUUUUGGUUACCGACAAUAAUUUUAUAUUUUUGUUGAUAUUUUUUCGUUUACCAUUACCAAGUUACGUAAUCAUGAUUUUGUCUUGCUUCUUUUCGGAACGCAAAAGCAAAAUAACACAACACUCAGGCUUCUUGAAAAUAUCUUUUUGACCCUCUUUAACCACUCUGGUUUAAACAGUAAAUGUUUAUUUCCAGGUUUUAUUCAUUGAAAAGGCAAUCAAGAAGGAAAAUCCUAAAAAAAAUAAUCCUCUAGAUAUACGCUGAUUUAAAAUUGCUACGUCACAACGAUAUUGCUGUUUUAGGUCAACUCUGGGCUGAAGUCAUUUUUUAGUGUCAUUAGCAAUAUUCUUGAUACAUAAAAUGCUCCAGUGGAGUUACGGAGAGAUGUAUAAAGCAUGAGAAACACAGUGUCAAAUGCUUGAUAUUACUUCUCAAACAAAAUGAUUUGACCAGGAGAAAUUAAAGAUGCAGUUAUGAGCAGUUCCUCACCUAAUUUCCAAACACUAAUAAAACAUUUGUAUUUUCUUUAUGGAUUAUUGAGGAGUUCGAGAUAUCAAACAAAUUAUCAAAACAAAUUUCACAAGGGAGACAGGAAUUGCUGCAUUAAAACUUGAAAGUUUUUAAGUUUCAAUCCAUGCCAAUCCUAGCCAUCUGUUGCAUCAGAGGACAGGAAACAGUUUCCAUGCUUAAAUAUAGUCUUAAAUAACAAAACUAGACUAUUAUUUUUGACAUUCAAUUGAUGCGAGAAAAGUUUUAGCUUUAAAAAAACAUAGAAAAAAAAUACAUUUGAACAAGACACACAAACGAAAAAAACUUCUGCAACGCGAGACGUUUUCUUCUUGCCUGGCAAUUUUUUAAGCGAAAAACAAAACAAUAAUUAUGUAUGAAAUGAGAUAGGAAAUCUAUUUAAUUCCCAGUUAACAAAACUUUGUGAUCUUGAUCUUCGAUCUUCGACGAAUCCUAAAUUCCAAGUAAUUUUUUUAAACAUCAAGAGAAAAAAAAAUAAACUGAUUGAAUUUACAGUUUAAAAGGUUCGGUUUUAAAUACCUCUCCCUUAACCAAUCUUAGUGAUGUCCAUCGCUCAAAAGUCGUCAAUUAUCUUACAUAUUUCUCUCUGCCAAUAAUUACGAAUAUGCCAAAAACUGUUUUCUCUGUUUCCCGUGUCACUUUUUAUAGUUAAAGAAAUCUUAUCAUUCUGAAAACAUGUGCUCUAUGCCCUCGAUUUGUCCCGAAAGUGUAACCUUCAACAUGAGGGGUAACGUUUUGCGUUGAAUGGUGUGUGUGUGUUUUUUUUUUAAUUGAAAUAGCCAUUUUGAUUUGAACGGUAUGAUGAAUAUGUAAUACGUGUAAUGCGGCAGGCGAAGUAAUUAAUUUUUGAACCCUGCUGCGUUUGUUAAGUAAAUGAACAUUAACUCACGAUCUUUAACUAUUAAAUAAUCGCAUUUUAACAGCUACGAUUAACUUGUACGUGCUUCUUUGACGCAAUAACUGAAAAUUUAUGCAUUGCUAAAAUGGCUUUUCGUUUCUAGAAAUGGUUUUAUCAAAGAACAAGAUAACUAAACCAACACGCUUGCGUUUGAAGAUAAGAGCUUUCGUUGUUGUUUUACCUUUUUAUGAAAAAAAUAAUAGAAAAAAAAUCUCUUUUUUCGUUCCAGCGACUUAUUGGAGUGGCAAAGCUCGAGUGGGCAGGUGGAGUUCGAGAAUGGGCAAUUUUCCGUUUUAGAAAACAUCGGUAUUCUAGAUUCUUCUUCUUAUGCCCCGUCUUGAGC